CCUCCUUCGGCCCAGCCCAGCCCUAAUCACACCCUCUGAGCUCUAUUUCCCUUCCAUUGGCACCCUGAGCAAAGCCAGACACCCAGACACCAUGCCGUACGAUUUGAAGGGCCGGAAUGUGCUCGUCACCGGCGGCUCGGCAGGUCUUGGCGCCCUCCUCAGCACCACCUUCGCAAAGGAAGGCUGCAACGUAGCAAUCAACUACUUCAACCGGCUGGAGCCGGCGCAGAAAGUGCAGAGGGAAUGUGAGGCGCUGGGCGUGAAGGCUGUUACCAUCAAAGCCGAUAUGUGCGAUACGAAAGAGAGUAUGAGAGCGGUCGAAGACACGAUCAAGCAGUUGGGAGGCAUUGACAUUGUGAUUGCUAAUGCGGGGUGGACCAAGUUCAGUAACUUUGGUGACCUAGAUGCAAUGGAUGAAUCUGAAUGGGACCGGUGCUGGGCUGCCAAUGUCAAGGUCCCGCAUGCGCUCCUAAAGGCCGCCAAACCCACAUUCGAGAAGAAUCCCGAAGGUGGUGUCCUAAUCACCACGGGCUCAAUAGCAGCUGUAUCCCAAGGCGGCUCCUCGAUGGCGUACGCCGUCACCAAAGCCGCGCAACUUCAACUCGUCAAGUGUCUCGCUACCACGCAGGGUCCCAAGACUCGUAUUAAUACUGUGCUGCCUGGCCUUCUUCUAACAGAAUGGGGCCUGAAAUACUCUCAGGAAGUAAUCGAUGCCGUCAAGGAUAAGGCUUGUCUCAAGCAUGAAACGUUUCUGCAGGACUGCGUGGAUGCGUUCGUCAUGCUGGUCAAGAAUACGAGUAUGACGGGUAUGCGAGUGCAGGUAGAUGCUGGGCUUAAUGUCCAGGGAGCGUAAAAUGGAGGUCCAGAGAGGUAUAUGCUGCGUGUUGAUAUGGGUGACCGAGGUCUCCUCUCCUUCUAUCCAGUCAUCUUGAGCACUCCCCAGCUUCAGUGCCACGCGCGCUUCUAUCCCGCCCCCUUUAAUCCUCAUCCACAUUGUCUGUAUCAUCCAGCGCUCUGAUCACCUCUUCCAUCUCCUUUGGGCUCGUGAUACCCCAUACACCACCUCCUUUCACAGCGCCCUUCAUCCCCACCUCUUUGCCCACAAGAUUUCUCCCCACCUUGCCGGGUCCAAUUCCAACAUAUCUCUUCACCUUCUCCUCUU